AUGCCAUCAGGCCAGGCCGAAGUCAUCAUCAUUGGCUCUGGUAUCGCCGCAGCUGCAGCCGCCUACUCCAUACUGGUUGAAACCAAACGUAUGGGCAACCUACGUCGCGUUCUUGUCAUUGAGUCUCGAGAGAUGUGUGGGGGUGGAACGGGUCGUGGCAAUGGUGUUUUGAACUGCGCGCCACAUGAGAUGUUUCACAGGCUACGGAGUACUAUAGGUCUUCAUCGUGCUGCAGCUCUUGUAAGAUUCCAGCUAGCUCAUAUCAAAGUGAUGAGGGAGCUAUCCCAUGGGUUGGACCAGGACUAUGCAGAAUUCCGCGACAGAGAGAUGGUAGAAUUCUACCUUACCGAACGAGAUCGCAAAAUUGCGUUCGCUAAAGCGCAUUUAUUUGCACAGUGGGUUCCGGAAUUCAAGAUUGCAACCUAUGGCAAGGAUCAGGCGCGCGAGCCCAGCGAGUGGAUUUCGGCCGGUUUCGGUGGUGAUGGCCUGAUGUGGACGUGGCUUUCUGGUAUUGCGGUAGGAGUCAUGCUUGCGGGUAGCGAGGAGAUGGAUAUAGGACGGGAGGUGGGAAGGCCCAAUGGGGUUCUAGCCUCUUGGUUUCCGGACGAGUUAAAACCGACAAUCAGGAGGCUUAGAGACUCGGAUUUCGGCAACAUUGCUAUUCGCUUCAUCUGGUCAAUACUAACAAAUCGGGAGUCUACAGAACCUGGUGAUCGCAACCCUUACACAAAUCGUAUCUACGAAGCGAGCGCUAACGAUUUACUGCUAUGA